AUGGACGACUACGGAGCACCGAGAUGGUCCUCUUUUGAUCGUCUCAACGUGCCCCACUUCAACCCACCUGCACCCGUGUUAUCGAUAAGCGGCUCAAACCCCACCGCGCACCGUUCCUCGCCCUGGAGUGCCGAUACGAGACUACGACAUCAACCUGUCAAAUUUGUCAGCAACGGAUCUAUCGAGCCCCUCAAGGAACUGGAACAAGAGAUCUUGCACAAAGCCGAGGCUGCUCAACUCGAAUACAAAGCGCACGACAAGUUGAUCCUGCAGUCUCGAGACAACGCGACACAGCUCCACGAGACUAAGGGAACAUCGCCAGGAAUUGACAACGAAACCUCCGAAAUGGACCCGGAUGCCACUGCUCUUCCAGAUCUCAAGAUCGAUCUCGCCCUCAAGCCGCCUGAGCAGGCGUCCGAGUCGCUGCCGUAUUUUCUUGAUGUCACAGGUGACAGAGACUUGCAGCACAAUGUCGCCGUUGGUUUUGAAUUCCGAUGCGCCUCGCCUGCCGCGUCCGACUCGAGUGAGGAGGUCAUUUUGUUCAAAGGCCGUAAUAAGGCUGCUCCUGAAGCUUCCGGCGGGACAGAGAAGCCAUUCAACCUACAUGGAAUAUGUACGGAGAUCAAGGCCAUGGAGCAGACCGUCCUACCGAGCAAUAGUGAUACGGAGGGCUCGGCAGAUGACAGUUUCAGCCUCGAGCGCAAACAACCCCGAGGCGCAAGAGCAGCAAAACGUCUUGCCGAUGAGGAAUUGAUUGCAGACUACAUUGCUAACAUGCGGGAGCAUGGCGAUGGCGAAGGCCUACUACCGGCAGACGCAUAUUCUCGACGAGACUUGGGCGGCUCCCUCAGCGAAUUUGAAAGUAUCGACGGGUCUCUCGAUACCCUCGCAGCCCAGCAGGCAAACUCUUUGUCGGAUGAUAGCAGCGAGGCGCAGAUAGCAACCAAUGCUGAUGGUUUGAACGACGCCAGGAUUGCCGACCACGCACCCAAAGAUCACCAGGCCGGGAAAGGCAAAGUCGUAUGCGGCAACAAUGCAGUUCCAGAUUCUCUCCACACAGACUUGCCUAGCCUGGGUUCAUUCGAUGCAUCUCACGGUGAAGAGGCAAUUCUACCCAGCGAAAUCAGCGAUCAGGAAGACGAUGAGGAUGACCUAUUUCGUUUAGCGGCAGACCGAUUUGCUGGUGAGAUCGAUGGCUUCGACUUCAUGGAUUGGGAUCGACCUGCUUUGAAGCGUAAGAAGGGCAAGGGCGCUAAAAAUAGGAUUCCAGUAUUCGACAUAUCUGAUUCGGAGCUUGAGGAGAAGAUGCUGGCGGCUUGGAAGAAUGACCGCGCAGAGAAGGCCGAGAGAAAGCGAGAGCGACAGGCCUUGCGCGCCCAAGGCCUACUUGGAAAGAACGUCAACCCUGAAGACUUGAGGGUGAAGUAUCCCCACGGCAUGGGUCUAGACCAGAUUGCCGAUGAACUUCGGACAUUUCUCCUAGGCACCAACACCAUCCUCACGUUACCCCCUAUGGACAAUCAUGCCCGGAAAGUUAUUCAUGAGCUGGCGAGCAAGUUUAACAUCAAAUCCAAGUCAACCGGGUCAGGCGACCAACGUCGCCCCAUGCUUCAUCGCACCCUUAGAACUGCCAAGUUUGCAGAGGAAGUGUUUGAUGCCGCUAUCGCUCGUGUCGGUCGCAAGUAUUUCCCCCGCAAUGAUACUACCCUCCGAGCCGCUGUACAAAAACAAUCAGCGCGUCGUGGGAGAGGCGGCGGGCAUGCAGGCGUUAUCUAUCGGGAUGGAGAAGUCGUGGGCGGAUCGGCGCCGGAACUGGGCCAGGAGAACAAGGGGCGGGCGAUGCUGGAAAAAAUGGGCUGGAGCAGCGGCACCGCCCUCGGUGCGCUCAAUAACAAAGGCAUCUUGCAGCCAGUGGCCCAUAUCGUCAAGCGCAGCAAGGCGGGUUUGGGAUAA